AUGUAUAAUAGAUUAUUUUGGUCUAAAUACAUUUUUAGAGUCUUUCACAUCUCCACAAUCACAAUUUUAAGCGGAAAUAUUUUAUACAAAUAUUUGUUUUCUUCCUAAAACGAAGAUCCUUCCUAAUUAAUUUAAUGGAUGUUAUCCAUGAUUAUGAUUAUUUCUGGGUUUAUUAAUACAAUUUUGUUAGAUCCAAAAAUGAAAAUGAAACAACAUUCUAAGUAAUGGAUUGGUAUGAUGCACACUAAAUUAAUAUUAUGUAAGCAUUUUAUUUAAUUAGCAAUAAUAAUAAUGACACCAAUAUUCAAUUAAUUGAUUGAAUAUAAUCUUGCUCUAGAAAUACGGUUUAUAUUUAUUGUAUUUUGGAUAUUAAUCUCACCUUUUUUAAGAUUUUAUAGAGAAGCAUGGUCUGAUCAUCAUAGAGGAAUACAUACAUAAUUAUAAAUGGUAUAAUUUGAAUAAAUACCAGAAUGAAUAAUAUCAA